UGUAGAUCAGGAAAAGGGAAGGGGACAGCCGUUAGUUAUAGUAAAUAGGAGUAAAACGUAAAUAAAUAGACUCCAAGGGCAAUAACCAACGUGGGUCUUCGGGAUAUCGCCUUCGGAGACAUUCCGGUCACCGUUGGCGGCCUGGCCAGAGUCCUGGUGGCAAUUUAAAGCUGUUCUUUCUUACAAAAGCGGCGUGCCAAGGGAGGACGCGUCUCUCUGAAUAGACAGGAUGCACGGACCGCCCUCCGGCGACAGCGCAUGCCCAUUGCGCCUCAUCAAGAGAGUGCAAUUCGGCAUCAUCAGCCCAGAUGAGCUUGUAGGUUUUGCUUUGGGGUGGGGGGAUUCGUUUACUUUUUGAACGUUCUCACAUUGAUCAUACCUGUACAUGAUAAUACCUAGAAUGUAUUAUGAUGGCAAUGAAAUGGAUGUGCUACAAAGCAAGUCGUUUGCAGCUAGCCUAGCUAGCUAGCUAAGCCAUGUUGGAGCUUGAGCUAGCAACAGCAUGUUAUAGGAAGUUCGACCAACUUUCAGCACACGCAGUAUUUUCCAUCUGAGCUAAGCCAUAUCAUGAAUCAAACUCCCUUUUUUUUUUAUAUAUAUAUUGAAAGUGCUACAUGUAAGCAAAGACAAUUUUAGCUACUUUUACUGCCAUAUUGGUGUUCCCUAAAAGUUAUAUGCACAAACACUAGCUAGUCUAGACGUUCCCCUCUUAUGACCUAUAUGUGGUAGCUACAUCAUAAUAAAAGGUCAAGUCAAUAAAGUCGAAGUUAUUCAUGUUUUCUUUACUUUGUUUUAUUAGUUUGGUAUAAUAGAAUACAUUGUUUACACAGUCUUUUAUCAUUGCAUUGUCAGUUUGCUCACCUCAAUUGAUUUUCAUCUAAUGAGUUGCUCCUCACGCAAUUGAUUUGUCAGAUAGUAACCAUACGGAUUUAGAAAUGCAACUUUGAUCGAAGUGUACCACCAUGUUCUUAUUGUAGUGUAGGUACUGCCAUAUCUUGAUUCAAUUACUGUUUUUGUAGCAGUUAUUUAUUUGAAGUGGCUUGAAAGAGGUUGGUUUGUGAAAUAUGUACGCCGUUUUCCAAUGUCUGCGUAAGCUUGUGACUGCUUUACUGUUGUGUGUAUUUACUUGCGCUAUUCAUAUUUUGGAACCGGAUUUGAUGUUGACCAUGGAUGUGUCACUCUAGAAACGGAUGUCGGUCACGGAAGGGGGAAUCAAGUACCCCGAGACCACAGAAGGAGGGCGUCCUAAACUUGGUGGGCUGAUGGACCCCAGACAAGGUGUCAUCGAACGAUCUGGAAGGUGUCAAACGUGUGCAGGUACAGAAAGUUUACCAGGCAGUCAUUGUAAUUUUUUUCUCAGUGAUAAUAAAACACUUUAUUUGAAAAUUCUCAGACCCAAACAUUUGUGGUUAAGGUUAGGUCACCACUACUGUAUUGGUAUGUAGGUAACAAAGCAUUGUUGUUUUUGCUGUUUAGGUAACAUGACAGAAUGCCCGGGCCACUUCGGCCACAUAGAGCUGGCCAAGCCCGUGUUCCAUGUGGGCUUCGUCAACAAGAUCAUGAAGGUCCUCCGGUGUGUCUGCUACUCCUGCUCCAAGCUGCUGGUCGACACGGUCAGUAACCCUCCAUUCCUAACUCAUACCACUACCUACAGUGCGGCUACACAGCCUAUAUGUAAUGUACUAAUCCGCUCCAGGAUUUGAUUCUUUUGUGAGGCUCACAACAUAGCGGAAAUUGACCAGCAGUAUACCUCCAAACAUCCGUGCUGCACAGCAUACACAUAGAAUAUAUAGCACUACAUAAACUCCUGAUAUAUCUAAUUGGUUGUCAUUUUAUGGGUAUAAGAACUGUGGAAUAAAUGAUACUAAUGAUUACAUAUUAGUCCUGGGAAUUGCGUUACACAUAUUCCAAUGACUUGUUGAUGUGAUGGUCUUUCCUUCCUUCUAGAAUAACCCAAAGAUCAAAGACAUCCUGCAGAAGUCCAAGGGGCAGCCCAGGAAGCGUCUGACCCACGUGUACGACCUGUGUAAAGGCAAGAACAUCUGCGAGGGCGGAGAGGAGAUGGACAACAAGUUUGGAGUGGAGCAGCAGGAACACAACAGUGAGGACAUCACUAAGGAGAAGGUACUUUCACCGGGGAUGCUUGUCGACAUGUCAUUUAUAGGCCCUCUGUAGCUCAAUUGGUAGAGCAUGGCACUUGUAAUGCCAGGGUAGUGGGUUCGAUCCCCGGGACCACCCAUACGUAAAAAUGUAUGCGCACAUGACUGUAAGUCGCUUUGGAUAAAAGCGUCUGCUAAAUGGCUUAUUAUUAUUAUUAAAACAUGUAUUUUUUGUUCUGUUUAGGUCUGCUUCAUCUCACUUAGUAACAUCUGUCUGAUUUUGUUUCCUCUUGUAACACACACCCUCUCUCUCCCUCCCACACACACACACACACUCUCCCUGACACUCCUAGGGCCACGGUGGUUGUGGGCGCUACCAGCCGCGGAUCCGUCGGUCGGGCCUGGAGCUGUAUGCUGAGUGGAAGCACGUGAACGAGGACUCGCAGGAGAAGAAGAUCCUGCUGAGUCCCGAGCGCGUCUACGAGAUCUUCAAGCGCAUCUCGGACGAGGAGGAUGUCAUCCUGGGCUUGGACCCCAAGUUCUCCCGGCCCGAGUGGAUGAUCGUCACAGUACUCCCCGUGCCGCCGCUGGCUGUCCGGCCCGCCGUCGUCAUGCAGGGCUCUGCCCGUAACCAGGUGAGGAGGAAUGACUAACUGUUAAAGAGAAAGUUUGAGAUUGUUUUAACUUGUUGAAGUUUUACCACCGUCGUUUAACCACGUCGUGUCCUUUUUUUUCUGACGCCCAGGAUGACUUGACACACAAGCUGGCCGACAUCGUCAAGAUCAACAACCAGCUACGGCGGAACGAGCAGAGCGGCGCGGCGGCCCACGUCAUCGCUGAGGACGUGAAGCUGCUGCAGUUCCACGUGGCCACCAUGGUGGACAACGAGCUGCCAGGCCUGCCCAGGGUACGCACAGCAGCAGUGACACUUGAGAGGGCACCAAUUGGCACAACAUUACUGUACUUCUUACCCUUGUCGCUGUGUAGUGUUACUAUAAAGAUUUACUCUUACUGUCUUUGUUUGAAUUGAAGACUGUCAAACUAAAGACAAAAUAAUAUUUCAGAACAGGUAGGAAAACAAAUUCACAUAAUAUUGGAUGCUUUAAAAGUGCUAUUUUGUUAGACUGUUAAGAUGGGGAACUAUUCAACCCAUAAUAACUGGUUUAUUUAGUUUUCAAUGAUUAUUGAUAGUUGUAAAGGAUAAUCUGUUCUGAAUAUGCCUGUGCUGAUCGGACUUAAUCUCAUCUCCCAGGCGAUGCAAAAAUCGGGCCGCCCGCUCAAAUCCCUCAAACAGCGUCUGAAGGGGAAGGAGGGGCGUGUCCGAGGUAACCUAAUGGGGAAACGUGUGGACUUCUCAGCCCGAACCGUCAUCACCCCCGACCCCAACCUCCAGAUCGACCAAGUGGGUGUCCCGCGCUCCAUCGCAGCCAACAUGACCUUCCCAGAAAUCGUCACACCCUUUAACAUUGACAGGUACACCCUUUAACAUGGACAGGCACACCCUUUAACAUGGAAGGCACACCCUUAAACAUGGACAGGCACACCCUUAAACAUGGACAGGCACACCCUUAAACAUGGACAGGCACACCCUUAAACAUGGACAGGCACACCCUUAAACAUGGACAGGCACACCCUUAAACAUGGACAGGCACACCCUUAAACAUGGACAGGCACACCCUUUAACGUUGACAUCUACCUAUACUUCAUUGAGACUAAGUCAUUGUUUAAACUGACAGAAUUGUGUAUUGGUUAUAAUGCUGACGGUACAAUAUGUCUCCAGGUUACAGGAGCUGGUGCGCAGAGGCAACAGCCAGUAUCCCGGAGCCAAAUAUAUCAUCCGCGACAACGGGGAUAGAAUCGACCUGCGGUUUCACCCCAAACCAAGUGACCUUCACCUCCAGAUCGGCUACAAGGUGACUCUCAAAAGACAAGAUGGUCGUCAUUUAUCAUGGAAUGUUUACUAAGGAAUCUGAGUGACUUGAACUUGAUGUAAUGCAAUGUCACUUUUAUAAACUCAUUUUGGUCACCCUCAGGUGGAAAGACAUAUGUGCGACGGUGACAUCAUCAUCUUCAACAGACAGCCCACGCUACAUAAAAUGUCUAUGAUGGGGCACAGAGUCCGAAUCCUGCCCUGGUCCACCUUCCGAAUGAACCUCAGGUACAACUAUCAAGUCCUGAAUGAUCCCUUCAAGUCUGUCAGCCUCGCCCAGUUACAGACCACACCCAGAACAGGAUACCUGAGUAGUUAUUGUUUGUUGGUGUCAACACUGAAAAUAAUGUUGGGUAGAAAAUUGAUAUAGAACCUAUUGUCGAGCAAAUAUAAUUUCAGGAUUGUGAUUAAUGUUCGUAUAGAAUUUGAUGUUUUUGUCAACUUAGCAUUUACUUUCAAUUUGGGAAAAAUGUAACGCAUAGGACACAUUACACACAUCAUUGAACAUAUGACAUCAAACGGAUCCAGGAUGUUGACAUGAACCCCUCUGGUUCCCCCCCUCUUGCUCCACAGUGUAACCACCCCAUACAAUGCUGACUUUGAUGGGGACGAGAUGAACCUGCAUCUACCCCAGUCCCUGGAGACGAGAGCUGAGAUCCAGGAGCUGGCCAUGGUGCCUCGUAUGAUCGUCACCCCCCAGUCCAACAGGCCCGUCAUGGGCAUCGUGCAGGACACCCUCACCGCUGUGCGCAAAUUCACCAAGAGGGAUGUCUUCCUAGAGAGGGUAAGGAGAGCACCAUUAAAGGGAUCGAUCAGCCCAAAGCCAAUGUUUAUCAGGAACUUUAUACAUCAUCACACAGCGUUAUUAGAGUACAUGUUGAACAAAAAUGGAACACUUGUAGAAGUUGUAUGUGUAAGAUUGUUGAAGACUAUCACAAAAAAACACAUUAAUAAAAAACACACACUCCUUUCCUACACUCAUUCUGGAACAUGAUCUGUCCCCCAGGGCGAUGUGAUGAACCUCCUGAUGUUCCUGUCCACGUGGGACGGCAAGGUGCCCCAGCCAGCCAUCCUGAAGCCCCGGCCUCUCUGGACGGGCAAGCAGAUCUUCAGCCUUAUCAUCCCGGGCCACAUCAACGCCAUCCGAACACACAGCACCCACCCAGACGAGGAGGACAGUGGGCCCUACAAACACAUCUCCCCUGGGGACACAAAGGUAAAAUACUGAACGCUCAGCUGGCUAAACACCCUGAGAUGCCUCGUGGCAAUGAGGAUUUGUAGAAAAAAUCAUAUUGUAGUGCUAGUGUGUGCAGAAUACAGGGUUUUAUUGCAUAUCUGUCAUUGUACAUCCCAGGUGAUAGUGGAGAAUGGAGAGCUGAUCAUGGGCAUCCUGUGUAAGAAGUCACUGGGUACCUCUGCUGGCUCCCUGGUCCACAUCUGCUUCCUGGAGAUGGGCCACGACGUCACCCGCCUCUUCUACUCCAACAUCCAGACGGUGGUCAAUAACUGGCUGCUCAUUGAGGGUUAGGACCUGGGCUGGGUGGGCACUGGAAGAGGGCAUCAGUGGGUAGAAUGGUCAGAUUAGGAAACGGCAACUCAUUUGAAAUCCACUUGAAGUAAAAAAUGAACCUGUUCCAAUUUGUGGUUAAACUAAUCUAAAUGUAGAUAUUUUAGUCAAUAUUACCUCAGUUUUUCUUAAUAUUCGUGUACUCUCACUAGGUGCCUCUAUCGGUAUUGGUGACUCCAUUGCUGACGCAAAGACCUACCUGGACAUUCAGAACACCAUCAAGAAGGCCAAACAGGAUGUAAUAGAGGUAAGUCCCUUCGCUCAUCGGGAAUCUAAAAUAUUUCUUAAAAGUUCCAGAAUAUCCCUUGAAAAUAAUUCCUCUUGUACUCAUGAUGUGGAAAUCCCUUGAAAAUUCCUUAGGAAAAAUAUAGAAUAAAUGUGAGCCACAGCCUUUCUUCUUGUGUUCCUCUCCAGGUCAUUGAGAAGGCCCACAACAACGAGUUGGAGCCCACCCCUGGUAACACGCUGAGGCAGACCUUUGAGAACCAGGUGAAUCGCAUCCUGAACGACGCCCGUGACAAAACGGGUUCCUCUGCCCAGAAGUCCCUGUCUGAGUACAACAACUUCAAGUCCAUGGUGGUGGCCGGCUCCAAGGGCUCAAAGAUUAACAUCUCUCAGGUACGGCCUCAGGGGUCUUAAAAAAACAGGGCUGUGUUCAGUAGGGAGAACGUUUUAAAACGGGCAGGUACUACCUCAACCUGUCCAAUAAAAAAUUCAAAAAAAAAAUCCCAUUACAAAUGUUUUAAAACGUUUCACUAGGGUGUGCCCUACCGGACACAACCCAAGGUUGUUUCCGACAUCGAUUGGUUUUUGAAUGGCACAGGAUCAUUGGCACUUUAUUCCUUUAUGGAUGACGGCAGACAAGUCCUCAAUUUACACCCACUAACUUCACACAUUUUUCUUUCUCUCAUCAUCACUCUCUGUCUCUGUCUCUCUCUGUGUGGCCCGCAGGUUAUUGCUGUGGUGGGGCAGCAGAACGUGGAGGGUAAACGUAUCCCCUUCGGCUUCAAGCACCGCACGCUCCCCCACUUCAUCAAGGAUGACUACGGCCCCGAGAGCAGAGGCUUCGUGGAGAACUCAUACCUGGCCGGUCUCACGCCCACAGAGUUCUUCUUCCACGCCAUGGGAGGCAGGGAGGGGCUUAUCGACACCGCUGUGAAGACCGCCGAAACUGGUGAGUGAAGGGCCUGAGGCAGAUGUUAGGGACAGGGGGAGGGAAGGGGUAGAGGUUAGGUUCAGGGUUUAAGCUGGUUAAUGAAGGGGUGAAUGUUACAACCCCUGCACGAUUAGGGAGAGGAGACUAGAGACAUGAUCACAUGGCUAGUUGACUAGGUGGUUGAAAUACUCUUUCCUCAUCUGAUGUCCUUCAGGUUACAUCCAGCGUCGUCUGAUCAAGUCCAUGGAGUCUGUGAUGGUGAAGUAUGACGCCACGGUGCGGAACUCCAUCAACCAGGUGGUGCAGCUUCGCUACGGAGAGGACGGCCUGGCCGGGGAGUCUGUGGAGUUCCAGAACAUGGCCACGCUCAAACCCUCCAACAAGGCCUUCGAGAAGAAGUGAGUGGUGAAGGGAAGUGGGGAACAAUGUCGGCUAGAGUCGGCUCACCUACCCCGGUACCAGAUUAUUUUGAGCUGUCUUGCCAGUGCCUAUUGUCAUGGCAACAACCAUAGGAGUUAGCUGUACGGGAAACACAGAUCUGGGACCAGGCUGGGGCUCUCACUGAGUUCUGUGUUAAUGUCAUAUUCCAUUUUAGUCAUUCGAGGGUUCACUAAGAUUCUUGAACUAGGACAAGCCCUUCUCGUAAUGAUUGACAGUGUAACGACAACCCCAAACAUUGGAUUUCAUAGUCUCCACCUCUUCACGGCCAUCUAAUUUAUUACAUAGACUCUAAUGCCAACCCUCUUAAAUACAGCAGCUCACUGUCCACAGGCCACACAUCCAGGCUGUUGGUCUCCCUCCUUCUCUCAUCCCUUCCUAAUCCUCCUCCCUCGGCCACUAGGUUCAGGUUUGACUGCACCAACGAGCGGGCUCUGCGGCGCACCCUGCAGGAGGAGGUGGUGAAGGACGUGAUGACCAACGCCCAGGUGCAGAGCGCCCUGGAGAGGGAGUAUGAGAAGAUGAAGGAGGACAGAGAGAUUCUGAGGGCCAUCUUCCCCACUGGGGACAGCAAGGUGAUGGGGAGACGGAGACAUGAACACACACUAGCAUAUGAACACUCACUGGCAUAUUUGCGCGCGCACAUACACACACACACACGCACGUAGAUCUCCAGAUUCCCCACACACGUAUACAUCCCCACACAUGCACACUCACUCACUUCCAUGUACUCCCAGGAACUCUCACUCUCCCACUCCCACAUGUCACCACUGCUAGCAUAUCCCACUGAUUCAGUGGCGCAGUGGUCUAAGGCACUGCAUCGCAGUGCUAGCUGUGCCACUAGAGAUCCUGGUUCGAAUCCAGGCUCUGUCGUAGCCGGCCGCGACCGGGAGACCCGUGGGGCGGCGCAAAAUGUAAAUGUAAUUCAGCCCAAUGCAUUAGGGCUUUACAAUACUAAAGAAGUUAUGUCCCUGCUCCCCACUAGGUGGUGCUGCCAUGCAACCUGGCCAGGAUGAUCUGGAAUGCCCAGAAGAUCUUCAGGAUCAACCCCCGCACCCCCACAGACCUCAACCCCCUACGAGUGGUAGAGGGUAGGUACCACAAUCAUACACAGCAGCCACCAUAGACCCAUAUUGUAGAAAGCCUGUAGAUGUGCCAUAUAUAGUCCAAGUCAGGGAAAUGCAACGUCCUGGAGGGCCAGAACACUUCUGUUUUUAAUCCAGGGACUGAUUCAGACCUGGGACACCAGGUGAGUGCAAUUAUAACUAGCAGUUAGAAACACAAAGCAGACCGGAGUUGAUUAGCCCUGGUCUAAGUUGUAAAACUCCUACUCCUGAGUGGCGCAGUGGUCUAAGGCACUGCAUCGCAGUGCUAACUGUGCCACUAGAGAUCCUGGUUCGAAUCCAGGCUCUGUCGCAGCCGGCCGCGACCGGGAGACUCAUGGGCGGCGCACAAUUGGCCCAGCGUCAUCCAGGGUAGGGGAGGGAAUGGCCGGCAGGGAUGUAGCUCAGUUGAUAGGGCAUGACGUUUGCAACGCCAGGGUUGUGGGUUCGAUUCCCACGGGGGGCCAGUAUAAAAAAUAAAUACAAAAUGUAUUCACUAACUGUAAGUCGCUCUGGAUAAGAGCGUCUGCUAAAUGACUUAAAUGUAAAUGUAAAAGGUUGAUGCCAUUCAUUUUCAAUGGCCACUCGGAUUGUGAAUAGGCCUCUGAGCAAUCACACCAUCACAUUAAGUGAUCUUGAUAGGUGAAAGUUGAGCACACCCAUUGUCAACCAUGUCAUUUAUUGGAAUGAUUCACAAAUCAUGUGGACAAAAUGAUUAUAGUCUGGCACCUGGCCUGCCCCCAAGCUGCACUGCUUACUGAAGGCUAUAUAAACCUUCUGGUGUCCAACCAUAUUCCUAACGUGAUAAAGACUGUAGGGUGCUUAGAGAGAUGGUGUGAUCCUUUACACAGUACAGCACUACAUGGAGUACAGGAUUGUGCUUCAAGGACCCUAUUCAGACUUGAAGUAAGUUGACUUGACAUGGACUGAAGUCAGAAAAUAUUGUACUUAAGUCCAUGUUUUAUUAACUUAAAUCCAUGUUAAGUCUACGUAUCUCAAGCCUAAAUUGGGCACCAAGUGCCUUGGUCACAGUGACAUUUGUUGUCAUGACAACAGUGUUGUAUUAGAAGACCAUAGCACUUGAUAUGCUACAGUAAAAGGUUACCUGAUUCAUUUUGUCAUUCCAAUGACUAACAUUUUGGUGUACAUUGCAUCUGUCUAGAUUCUAAAAACAAGGAUUUGCCGCACUUUGUUCCGUAACUAAGUAAAUCAUGUUGACACCUCUGCCAUCUUGGUACCAAAUCUCUCUCUCGUGAAAAGCAAUUUGAACUCUACCACUAAGCCAGGCUAAAUAAUCAUAUAAUGAAAUGACACGGUCUGACAUUCUACAACGUCUCCCCUCUCUUCCACGCCACAGGUGUCCAGGAGCUGAGUAAGAAGCUGGUGAUUGUGAACGGCGAGGACCACCUAAGCAGACAGGCCCAGCAGAACGCCACGCUGCUCUUCAACAUCCACCUACGCUCCACGCUCAGCUCCCGACGCAUGACCGACGAGUUCCGACUGAGCACCGAGGCUUACGACUGGCUACUGGGGGAGAUCGAGAGCAAGUUCAACCAGUCUAUCGUGAGUAGAGAGAUACACGCACAGUAUGCUGGGAGAGACUGGAAGGGGGAGAUCGAGGGUCAACACCAAAACUGGUUGCUAUGAACUAAAGAUGUUAUUAGAUUUAAAGGGAAAGUGAAAAGGUGUAAAAAAAACAAGCCUACAGCUUUUUCAUUACACUAACUUAAUUCCAUCAUAAUCAUUUAAUCGAAUUAUUUCUCUACCUCCCUCUCUGUCGUCUAGGCCCACCCGGGUGAGAUGGUGGGGGCGUUAGCCGCCCAGUCACUGGGAGAACCCGCCACCCAGAUGACCCUGAACACCUUCCACUACGCCGGCGUGUCGGCCAAGAACGUCACCCUUGGCGUGCCGCGUCUCAAGGAGCUGAUCAACAUCUCCAAGCGGCCCAAGACCCCCUCCCUCACCGUGUUCCUUCUGGGCCAGGCGGCCCGCGACGCCGAGAGGGCCAAAGAUAUCCUCUGUCGUCUGGAGCACACCACCCUCAGAAAGGUGGAUAGUGGAGAAUAUGUGUGGACUAAACAUGUGGUUGCCAUAGACCGGCUGCGUGAAGGGUUGCCACAGUUAACAACUUUGGGCCGACUUCAGUUUUCAAGUUUUACUUUUAUGAAUUAUAAUAUUCAUAAUGUAUGUGUAUAUAUGAAGUUAUUACAUAUAGGCUUUCUUAGGUUGUUUUUUUCUUUGCAUACUGAUUUUACAACAAUUAACCUCUCUCGCUCUCUCCCUCCCCCCCUCUCUCCAGGUGACUGCCAACACAGCCAUCUACUACGACCCUAACCCCCAGAGUACGGUGGUGACGGAGGACCAGGAGUGGGUCAACGUCUACUAUGAGAUGCCUGACUUCGACGUGACUCGCAUCUCCCCCUGGCUGCUCCGCAUCGAGCUCGACCGGAAACACAUGACUGACCGCAAGCUGACCAUGGAGCAGAUCGCAGAGAAGAUCAAUGCAGGUGGGGCUGAAUGAACAGAAACACACACUACUUUAAUGAAGUAUUGAAGUUAAAAGGUACCACAUCAUCCAUACCCAACCUAUUGCGAAGUGCAACCUCUUUUCUCCCUGAAGGUUUCGGAGAUGAUCUGAACUGUAUCUUCAAUGACGACAACGCCGAGAAGCUGGUUCUGCGAAUUCGCAUCAUGAACAGCGACGAGAACAAGUUCCAUGAGGACGAGGAGGUGGUGGACAAGAUGGACGACGACGUGUUCCUGAGGUGCAUCGAGUCCAACAUGCUGACGGACAUGACACUGCAGGGCAUCGAGCAGAUCAGCAAGGUAACUGAGGGGUCGCGUACACACACACACACACACUCAACACACACACACACACACACACACACACACACACACACACACACCACACACACACACACACACACACACUCAACACACACCACACACACACACACACUCAACACACACUCAACACACACACACACACACUCAACACACACACACACACACACACUCAACAGACACACAUACACACACUCAACAGACACACAUACACACACCACAUACACACACUCACACUCAACACACACACUCAACAUACACCAUCAUGUCUGAAUUCAUAAAACUGCUCUUGGGCACCAUUUUACAUCUCAUUACCAUCUAAUACUCUUAGCUACCUCCCUUAUCCUUUACUACAUUACCAUCUAAUACUCUUAGCUACCUCCCUUAUCCUUUCUACAUUACCAUCUAAUACUCUUAGCUACCUCCCUUAUCCUUUACUACAUUACCAUCUAAUAGUCUUAGCUACCUCCCUUAUAGUUUACUACAUUAUCACUGACUUAACACACACUGAUUGACCUAAACGGCUGAAACCUAUCCAGAUCGUUAACCCAUCAGCUAUUGAUCUACGUCCCGUCUGUCUCCUCCCCCUAGGUGUACAUGCACUUGCCCCAGACAGACAACAAGAAGAAGAUCAUCAUUACAGAGGAGGGAGAGUUCAAGGCCCUGCAGGAGUGGAUCCUGGAGACAGACGGCGUGGGACUGAUGAGGGUCCUCAGUGAGAAGGACGUGGACCCCGUCAGGACCACCUCCAACGACAUCGUAGAGAUCUUCACGGUACGGAUAGAUACCAUAGUUACCCAUCGCUACUCUAGUGAUAGUUACCAAUAGCUACGGUAGUUGUGAUAGUUAACCGAUAGCUACGGUAGUUGUGAUGGUUACUGAUAGCUAGGCUAGUUGUGAUAGUUACGAUAGCUAGGCUAGUUGUGAUAGUUACCGAUAGCUACGGUAGUUGUGAUGGUUACCGAUAGCUACGGUAGUUGUGAUGGUUACCGAUAGCUAUGGCAGUUGUGAUGGUUACCAAUAGCUAUGGCAGUUGUGAUGGUUACCGAUAGCUACGGCAGUUGUGAUGGUUACCGAUAGCUAUGCUAGUUGUGAUAGUUACCGAUAGCUAUGCUAGUUGUGAUAGUUACCGAUAGCUAUGAUGGCAACCGAUUGCUAUGGUCGUUACGAUGGCGUUACGAAACCGAUUAACUAGCCUGCUAAUAUUGUUGCACUCGCUAAGUCUAGGUGUCGUAGGCCUAGAUGUGUGCAUUUAUGUGAGAAAUCAGCAUUUGAGGACCGUGUUGGAUGUACAUGUGCCCAGCGAGACAGCAACCUUACCUUGUGUCCAGGCCCAGCUCUCUCUUGACUCCUUUGGAUCGGCGAGCCCUAGCGGAUUAUUAUGUUCAGAUGGUGACGGAAACCAGUAGAUACAGAAAAGAAAACUACAAACAGGCAUGCCUAAACUAAAGAUACAAAAAGGCCUGAUGGCCACCAAACCAAACUCACAGCUUGCAAGCUGGGACACUGACCUACAAUCUUAAAUGAUAAGUGAAGUGAAAAAAAAAAUGGAAAAAAAAUAAUAUAUAUAUAUAUAUAAUAAUAAUAUGCCAUUUAGCAGACGCUUUUAUCCAAAGCGACUUACAGUCAUGCGUGCAUACACUAUGGGUGGUCCCGGGAAUCGAACCCACUACCUUGGCGUUACAAGCGCUGUGCUCUACCAGCUGAGCUACAGAGGACCACCCAGGGGUUUUUCUUUAUUUUUACUGUUUUCUACCUUGUGGAAUAAUAGUGAAGACAUCAACUAUGAAAUAACACAUAUGGAAUCACGUAGUAACCAAAAAAGUGUUAAACAAAUCAAAAUAUAUUUUAUAUUUGAGAUUAUUCAAAGUAGCCACCUUGCCUUGACGACAGCUUUGAACACUCUUGGCAUUCUCUCAACCAGCUUCACCUGGAAUGCUUUUCAACAGUCUUGAAGGAGUUCCCACAUAUGCUGAGCACUUGUUGGCUGCUUUUCCUUCACUCUGGGGUCCAACUCAUCCCAAACCAUCUCAAUUGGGUUGAGGUCGGGUGAUUGUGGAGGCCAGGUCAUCUGAUGCAGCACUCAUCACUCUCCUCCUUGGUCAAAAAGCCCUUACACAGCCUGGAGGUGUGUUGGGUCAUUGUCCUGUUGAAAAACAAAUGAUAGUCCCACUAAGCGCAAACCAGAUGGGAUGGUGUAUCGCUGCAGAAUGCUGUGGUAGCCAUGCUGGUUAAGUGUGCCUUGAAUUCUAAAUAAAUCACAGACAGUGUCACCAGCAAAGCACCAUCACACCACCACCUCCAUGCUUUACGGUGGGAACCACACAUGCGGAGAUCAUCCGUUCACCUACUAUGCGUCUCACAGAAAUCUCACAUUUCGACUCAUCAGACCAAAGGACAGAUUUCCACCGGUCUAAGGUCCAUUGCUCAUGUUUCUUGGCCCAAGCAAGUCUCUUCUUAUUAUUGGUGUCCUUUAGUAGUGGUUUCUUUGCAGCAAUUCGACCCUGAAUUCAUGAUUUCAUGUAGUCUCCUCUGAACAGUUGAUGUUGAUGUGUCUGUUAAUUGAACUCCGUGAAGCAUUUAUUUGGCCUGCAAUUUCUGAGGCUGGUAAUUCUAAUGAACUUAUCCUCUGCAGCAGAGGUAACUCUGGGUCUUCCUUUCCUGUGGCGGUCCUCAUGAGAGCCAGUUUCAUCAUAGCGCUUGAUGGUUUUUGCGACUGCAUUUGAAGAAACUUUCAAAUUUCUUGAAAUGUUCCGUAUUGACUGACCUUCAUACCUUAAAGUAAUGAUGGACUGUCAUUUCUCUUUGCUUAUUUGAGCUGUUCUUGCCAUAAUAUGGACUUGGUCUUUUACCAAAUAGGGCUAUCUUCUGUAUAGCCCCCUACCUUGUCACAACACAACUGAUUGGCUCAAAGGAAAUCAAUUCCACAAAUUAACUUUUAACAAGGCACACCUGUUAAUUGAAAUGGAUUCCAGGUGACUACCUCCAUGAAGCUGGUUGAGAGAAGGCCAAGAGUGUGCAAAGCUGUCAUCAAGGCGAAGGGUGGCUACUUUAAAGAAUCUCAAAUAUAUUUAGACUUUUUUUGGUUACUACAUGAUUCCAUAUGUGUUAUUUCAUAGUUUUGACGUCUUCACUAUUAUUCUACAAUGUAGAAAAUAGUAAAAAAUAAAGAAAAACCCUGGAAUGGGUAGGUUUGUCCAAACCUUUGACUGGUACUGUGUGUGUAUAUAUCUCAAAACUUAACUCCACUGCUAAACCUGAAAAGUACAUGAAUUGCAGCAUAGCCCAAACAUGUCAGUAUUUGUCGCGAUAUUCAGAACUCAUUUCCAUCUAAUUUCUAGGUACUGGGUAUCGAGGCUGUACGUAAGGCACUGGAGAGGGAGUUGAACCACGUCAUCUCCUUUGACGGUUCCUACGUCAACUACCGGCACUUGUCGUUGCUUUGCGACACCAUGACGUGCCGCGGUCACCUGAUGGCCAUCACGCGUCACGGCAUCAACAGACAGGACACGGGACCCCUCAUGAAGUGCUCCUUUGAGGAGACGGUAAGAGUCAUGUGAGGGUACAGGAAAAAGUGGAAGGGCGGGGGGAGGAUGUUGCAGAGGUAUUGGUAUAAGUUUGUUUUUUCAUUAGAACAUAUUUACGACUUACGUAGGUAGCAAUUCUAGUCGCCGCCCUUAAUAGUAUGAGAAAUGUACAGUACCUAGCCUGGGGGUCCAGGUGUCGCUGAUUGGCCAUAGAUUCCACUCACCUUGUUCCCAGGUUUGAAGCAGACCCUGGUGGGAAACAAUUAAAAUCAUUAUUAAGCUACUUUUGACCUCGGUCUGGAAUUGAGAAAAGGGGUUCUUACAUUCCCUCCCUGUCCCAGGUGGAUGUGCUGAUGGAGGCGUCGUCCCACGGGGAGAGUGACCCUAUGAAGGGUGUGUCUGAGAACAUUAUGCUGGGUCAACUGGCCCCCUGUGGUACGGGCUGCUUUGACCUGCUGCUGGACGCUGAAAAGUGCAAGUACGGCAUGGAGAUCCCCACCAACAUCCCCGGUAUCAGCGUGGCUGGACGUGAGUGGCUGCGAAUAUUCCACACAGUGAAUGAUAAAAAUUAAGCAAUAAUUUAAAAGUAGUUGUUCACACUGUGCACAUUUUCAAUCACCAGAUUUACUUUUUCGAUUGAAUGUUGGAAUUUGAAAUGUAUUGGUGUGGACGCAUUUGUCCAUGACUGAUUGAACAACAUAGACACAUUUUGAAAUUUGUGUGCAUGUACACUACCGUUCAAAAGUUUGGGGUCACUUAGAAAUGUCCUUGUUUUUGAAAGAAAAGCAAUUUUUUGGUCCAUUAAAAUAACAUCAAAUUGAUCAGAAAUACAGUGUAGACAUCGUUAAUGUUGUAAAUGGCAAUUGUAGCUGGAAAAGGCUGAUUUUUUUAUGGAAUAUCUACAUAGGCGUACAGAGGCCCAUUAUCAGGAACCAUCAGUCCUGUGUUCCAAUGGCAUGUUGUGUUUGCUAAUCCGAGUUUAUCAUUUUAAAAGGCUAAUUGAUCAUUAGAAAACCCUUUUGCAAUUAUGUUAGCACAGCUGAAAACAGUUGUGCUGAUUAAUUAAUAAAACUGUCCUUCUUGAGACUAGUUGAGUAUCUGGCGUAUCAGCAAUUGUGGGUUCAAUUACAGGCUCAAAAUGGACAGAAACAAAACUUUCUUCUGAAAUACAUCAGUUUAUUCUUGUUCUGAGACGUGAGAAAUUGCCAAGAAACUGAAGAUCUCGUACAACGCUGUGUACUACUCCCUUCACAGAACAGUGCAAACUGGCUCUAACCAGAAUAGAAAGAGGAGUGGGAGGCUCCGGUGCACAACUGAGCAAGAGGACAAAUACAUUCGUGUCUAGUUUGAGAAACAGAUGCCUCACAUGUCCUCAACUGGCAGCUUCAUUACAUAGUACCCGCAAAACACCAGUCUCAACAUCAACAGUGAAGAGGCGACUCCGGAAUGCUGACCUUCUAGGCAGAGUUGCAAAGAAAAAGCCAUAUCUCAGACUCACCAAUAAAAAAAAGAUUAAGAUGGUCAAAAGAACACAGACACUGGACAGAGGAAGAUCGGGAAAAAAGUGUUAUGGACAGACAAAUCAAAGUUUGAGGUGUUCGGAUCAUAAAGAACAACAUUCGUGAGACGCAGACCAAAUGAAAAGAUGCUUGAUGCCAUCUGUCAAGCAUGGUGGAGGCAAUGUGAUGGUCUGGGGGUGCUUUGGUGGUGGUAGAGUGAGAGAUUUGUACAGGGUAAAAGGGAUCAUGAAGAAGGAAGGCUAUCACUCCAUUUUGCAACGCCAUGCCAAACCCUGUGGACGGCACUUGAUUGGAGCCAAUUUCCUCCUACAACAGGACAAUGCUAUGCAAUAACUAUUUAGGGAAGAAGCAGUCAGCUGGUAUUCUGUCUAUAAUGGAGUGGCCAGCACAGUCACCGGAUCUCAACCCUAUUGAGCUGUUGUGGGAGCAGCUUGACCUUAUAGUAUGUAAGAAGUGCCCAUCACGCUAAUCCAACUUGUGGGAGGUCCUUCAGGAAGCAUGGGGUGAAAUCUCUUCAGAUUACCUCAACAAAUUGACAACUAGAAUGCCAAAGGACUGCAAGGCUGUAAUUGCUGCAAAUUGAGGAUUCUUUGACAAAAGCAAGGUUUGAAGGACACAAUUAUAAGUGACCCCAAACCUUUGAACAGUAGUGUAUGUUCUCAGGAUGUCUGCUUUUCUUCAAAGUAUCCAUGCAUUUAUCAACUCAUGUAUAUGGAUACAUCUCAAUGAAGAUGGAUUGUAAAGUAUGCGCAUAUGAAAUGUGGUCUAAAAUGUGUCUUCCUUUCCCCAGCCACCGGAAUGUUCUUUGGCUCGGCGCCCAGCCCCAUGAGUGGCAUGUCCCCAGCCAUGACCCCCUGGAACACUGGAGCCACCCCCGCCUACGGUGCCUGGUCCCCCAGCAUUGGUAAGCCUCAACCUGGGUAGAUUUUGACAGUAUCCUGGGGGUACAGCGUGGUCCAUCCCACCUGCUACUAUACUGUUCUAUUGACUCAUGCUCCGACUCUUUCUGACCUCCAGGUAGCGGGAUGACCCCCGGAGCAGCAGGCUUCUCUCCCAGUGCAGCGUCCGACGCCAGUGGCUUUUCUCCGGGCUACUCCCCGGCCUGGUCCCCUACCCCUGGAUCUCCUGGGUCCCCGGGACCAGCCAGCCCCUACAUCCCCUCUCCAGGUUGGUUCGAAAUACCAUCUGACACAGGACUGACUGCAUUACCUUUUUCCAUGUUGUUCUGGGAAUAACACUAUGAAGCUUGACGUUCUGUGUACAAGUUUUCUUUAUUUCUCAAGUCUCUACGUUUUUACUUUUCCAGGAGGUGCAAUGUCUCCCAACUACUCGCCCACCUCCCCGGCCUACGAGCCCCGCUCUCCUGGGGGAUACACCCCCCAAAGCCCGGGCUACUCCCCAACGUCCCCCUCCUACUCCCCAACCUCCCCCUCUUACUCCCCCACCAGCCCCAACUACAGCCCCACCUCACCCUCCUAUUCACCCACCUCCCCGUCAUACUCCCCAACCUCCCCCUCAUACUCCCCAACCUCCCCUAGUUACUCCCCCACCUCCCCCUCUUACUCUCCAACUUCCCCCUCCUACUCUCCAACCUCUCCCUCUUACAGCCCUACGUCCCCAAGCUACAGCCCUACGUCCCCAAGCUAUUCCCCCACCUCGCCUAGCUAUUCCCCCACCUCGCCUAGCUACUCCCCCACCUCCCCCUCUUACUCCCCCACCUCCCCCUCUUACUCCCCCACUUCACCCUCUUACUCCCCCACAUCACCCUCUUACUCCCCCCACCUCACCAAGCUACAGCCCCUCUUCACCCAACUACACCCCCACCUCACCCUCCUACUCCCCCACCUCACCCUCCUACUCCCCCACCUCCCCUCCUACCCCCCCCCCCUCCUACUCCCCCACCUCCCCAAACUACACCCCCACCAGCCCCAACUACUCCCCAACCUCCCCCUCUUAUUCUCCCACCUCUCCGUCCUACUCUCCGUCCAGCCCGCGCUUCACCCCCCAGUCGCCCACUUACACCCCCAGUUCUCCCUCCUACAGCCCCAGCUCGCCCUCCUACUCACCCACCUCUCCCAAAUACACCCCUACGUCCCCCUCUUACUCCCCCAGCUCUCCAGAGUACACCCCCACCUCCCCCAAAUACUCCCCCACCUCGCCCAAGUACUCUCCGACCUCUCCCAAAUACUCGCCCACCUCCCCGACUUACUCCCCGACGACGCCCAAGUACAGCCCCACCUCGCCCACCUACUCCCCCACCUCACCCACUUACACCCCCACCAGCCCCAAGUACUCCCCUACCUCCCCAACCUACUCUCCAACCUCACCCAAAUAUUCUCCCACCUCCCCCACCUACUCACCCACUAGCCCCAAAGGGUCCACCUACAGCCCCCUGUCUCCAGGCUACAGCAACCCCUCGCCCAGCUUCACCCUCACCAGCCCGGCCAUCAGCCCAGACGACAGUGACGAGGAGAACAACUGA